GAAAUGAUACCGGAAGUCUCCGAUCCCAACACAGCAGCUUCCCCCGUGUGUUUGGGCUCCGGGACCGCGUUGUUUGCUGAUGAACCUGGACUAAUUGACUCGUAGUAGCGGAGCAGCCCGGAGCCCAGAGGAGGGGAGCGGCUCUGUGCUGAACAAAGUGGCAGUUCUCCUCUCGGCGCGAUGACUUCGUGGACUUUGGGACUAAUUCGCUGUCAGGAGGAUCCGUUAUGAGCAUUUCGCACCUGUAAUAGUACAGUGAAAACGGGAGAGAGCGGGGCAGAGUGACCGGGGCGCUGCCCACCACCCACACCGCCUCCCCGUCACUCCCGGCGGCUUGCCCUCUGCGGACUGUCCGCGGGAUUGGAGAAAAGUUUCUGAGGGAUGUUCGAACUCCUUGGUUUAUGGUGCAGCGGCUGAGAUGCUGCCUGUGGAACUUGGUGCUGUCUGCGGAGAUUUCAUCCCAUAGACUGGAAUUCAUUUCCGCGUCCGUUUGGAUGUGUCAGUGAGCUGCUGCUGGACAGCUUGUCUCACAAACGGCUCCUUCUGAAGACUGAUCUACCUAUGAAAACCCCCAGUGUAUGAUGGAGUACCGCCCAAGUGUGGUUGUCCUGCUCCUGCUUGCACUCAGAAGUUUGGCAUAUGCAUCCCGGCCCAGGUUAGAAGAUGCUCCUCCACGGAUCGUGGAACACCCAUCUGAUCUGAUCGUGUCCAAGGGUGAGCCAGCCACCCUCAACUGUAAGGCCGAAGGACGCCCGACUCCCAUGGUAGAAUGGUACAAAGAUGGCGAACGUGUAGAGACAGAUCGGGAGGACCCUCGAUCCCACCGCAUGCUCUUACCCAGCGGCUCCCUCUUCUUCCUGCGAAUUGUACAUGGGCGGCGAAGCAAACCUGACGAGGGCAUCUACGUGUGUGUGGCGCGCAACUACCUGGGUGAGGCAGUCAGUCGGAACGCAUCGCUGGAGGUGGCAAGUUUCAGUGAGGUCUGAGGUGUGCUCAUGCUUCACUAAUGGGAUUGCAGCUCCCAGCCUGGUGGAGUACAGAGCCAGUGGCCAUUUUGGGCUUAAAAGAGAGGGAUCAGAUGGCCAAAGUGAGGCCAUGGGCCUCUGGCUUAACCCCCUCUGUAUGAUCCGACCGUCUGCUGGUCAUUGAGCCAGACCCACCAGCCAAACCCUCCUCCAGAGGAUAGCCAUGAAUUAAUUAGACCAUACUAAAGGCGAGUGCAACCAGUGACCAGCGUGUGUGUGUGUCUGUGUUGCUGUGUGUCAUGAAAAGUCAGUAGAAAAAAAGCAGAAGGAUCUGGGGUUGGGAAGAGUGGCAUGAUUCUGGGGGGAGAUGCAACAACAGGUGGUGCGAGGAUGAGUUUUAC